AAAACUUGUUUUCUUUUAACUGGAAAACAUGGAAAACCCGUGGAGCUCCUUGGCUUCGAUAGGAUCUCUUGUGGUGCCCCAUACAUCAGCGGGCUUACCAGGUUUUCCGGAAAUAGAUCAUAGCGAUGAGGAUGGCAGUCCAUUGCCAAAAAUACCCAGGAUGGCUGAGCACGUGCAGAACUGCUCAUUGCCCAGGGAAAUGGACACUGACUUUAAGGAGGAAGCUGCUCGCUUUCAGUCCAUGCAGGCGAAGGCUCUACCGUACCAGCCUGGUACAGUGGUAAUUCAGCCACCCAAACGAUCGCCUCCCGAGGCGGAAAACAAUCGGCGGAUGUAUAUUCCCGAUUUGAAUCAAGUCAUAACCCAUCGCGAUAUUUUCAAUUAUUUCUGCACUUUUGGGGAUUUGGAACGGGUUUGCGUGAGGAACGGCACGGAUAACUUAAACUACGCCAUGGUCCUGUUUUCCCGAACUGCCUCCAAGGAACAGGCCAUCAAGUCGAAUCCGCAUCUUAUCAAGGGAAACCGAUUGAACUGUCGCAAGGCUACGGUGAGAUCAGGAAAUAGGUUCAAUAUGCAGACAUUCGGCAUUGUAGGUAAUCAACGGAUUGAAUCUUCUAAGAAAAGAACAAAAUCUCCGGUUAGUCAGCUACCCAAAACACCUGAAUGGUUGCCAAUUGAAGAGAAAUCCAAAAAAUCUGACCCCUUGAAGCAGAAGAAACCCCAAAAACAAUCAAUUCGCAGGUCGGCACGUCUUCAGAAAUUAGUGGAAGCAAAAUCUAAAAAGACAGUGGCUCCCGGGAAAGCAGAUAAGAGCUACGUGUAUGCAGUAACCACCAAAGAUGGGGUCUCCCGAUGGAGUUUCAAGUUAUCCGAAUCCUCCCUGAGUCCAGACGAGGUGAGGGUCCUUAAAAAAGGUCAUCCACGAGCGGCACAGGCUCUGCGAAAUCUUCGGGAGAAAGUAAUACCCAAGUCUUCGGAACUUUCCAAGCCGAAUCCGGAGAUAUCAGAGAGUGAAACUAAGCCGAUUGCUCUUAAAAGUUUAGAAACUAAUCCUGGUCCUGUAGAAACUCCUGCUCCCAUUUCCGUUGACCUUCCUUUGGCUCAACCACUGACUCGUACUCCCUGGGUCCCCCUGCCCAAAUUAGUUAUUCCAGAAUUUUCCAAACCAGAUCUGCGCUCAAAAAUUCUGUCCACUUUGGGUCAAAACUACGUCCAUCACUGCUACACAAAUGUAGAGGCUUACCGAAAAAGCAAGUGUUAUAUAGAUCUACCACCCGAAGAGUUGAUAAAGCGACCCAGUGUCAAGGAGUAUGUGGAUCAGAUGUACGCAGAAAAAUAAUAAUAAUGA